AUGAAUACUAAAAAUGUUACAAGAGAAGAGAAAAAGAAAGAAAUGGAAUUAAAUGAGGCAAGAAAAGCUGGAAAAGUGGAAGCUUUAAAAGAUGAAGAAGGAAAUGAAAUAAAUCCUCAUAUGCCUCAAUACAUUAUUAAAGCUCCUUGGUAUUUGAAUCAAACCAAACCAGGGUUAAAACAUCAAAGGUAUAAAGGGACAGAUAAAGUUAAAAUAGAAGAAGAAAGAAAUAAAAAAAUUUUUUUAAAAAAUAAUAAGAUUCAGGAGUUUUGUAAAAAUUGCGGUAGUGCAGCACAUAAAGAAAAAUAUUGCUUAGAAAGAACUAGAAAGAAAAAAAUAAAUUUUAUGAAAAAAGAUAAUGAUGAUGAUUUUAUUUGCGUUACUCAAGAUUUGGGUUAUGAUGGUAACAGAGAUAGAUGGGUAGGUUAUAACUCAGAUAAUUUUGAACAAAUAUAUAGAGAAUAUGAAAAAAUUGUUGAAGAAAAAAAAAAGAGAAAAGCAGAAGAAUUAAAAAAAAAAUAUGAAAAAAAAUCUAUUAAAAAAAAAAAAAAUUUAGAUGAAAAUGACGAUACAAAAAAUGAUAAAUCAAGUAGUGAAAGUGAAACUUUAGAAAAAUGUAAUGAUGAUUUAAAAGAUGAUUUAAUGGAAACAUCUGCAAUUAACGCUAUUAAUAAAAAUGAGAAAAGUAGGAAUGUAGCAAGAAAUUUAAGAAUAAGAGAAGAUACAGCUAAGUAUUUGUAUAAUUUAAGUUUAAACUCUGCUUUUUAUGAUCCCAAAAGUAGAAGUAUGAGAGAAGACCCUUUUGCUAACAUUUCAAAAAAUUUAAGUGAAGAAAAUAAUUAUUAUAAAGGAGAGAAUUAUUAUAAUAAUACAGAUGAUGCAAUAGAAUCAAAAAAGUUAGAAAUAUUUGCAUGGGAAACUUACAAGAGAGGUGAAAAUGUUCAUUUUAAUGCACAACCAACUCAACUUGAAUUAUUGUAUAAGGAAUUUUUAGAAAAAAAAAAAAAAUUGAUAAAAAAAAAACAAGAAGAUAUAUUAAAAACGUACAAAUGUGAAAAUUUAUCAAAAGAGUUUAAUGAUGAACUCAUUCAUUCCGAAAUUUAUACAGAAUAUAAACCAUCCGAUCAAAUUGAUCCUAAACGAAAAAAAAUUAAAGUGUUAAGUAAAUAUGAAGAAGACAUUUAUGCAUUUGAUCAUUCUUCAGUUUUUGGUAGUUAUUAUGAUAAAGAAAAAAAAAAGUGGGGAUAUAAAUGUUGCUUAUCUACAAAUAAAUUUGAAAAAUGCCUUCAUACAUAA